CACCCCCCCUUCGUUCUCCCCAUACCCGCACGCGCCGACUCUUUAUAACGGGACAGGAGUGAGCGCGAGACGCACGCAAUCUGAACCUGCAGCGCUCGAGCCCAGAGGAUAACAGAACACGCUCGCGAGGAAUCUUGAAGAUGGAGAUGUACCAGGCUGGUUAUUACACGGAGGACUUCAGGACUCAGGAGGUUCCUGUGGGAUUUGAUUUCAGUGCAUAUGACUACAAUGGUGAAGACCUGUCCUUUUUGUUAGACAGCAAAGGACCGGGCCAGUCGCAGUACACGGACACGUACGCAGAACCGCACAAGGAGCACGUCAACGCAUCCAAAGUUCACGUCACUGAUUCUGGAUUAUUCAAUCUGGACACUUUCCCAGAGUUUAGCAGCUGGACAUCGUACACUAACGUUCCGGACAGUAUGGUGAUGGACAGACAGACAGGAGGUUUUCAGGAUUCAGCCACUCAGACGUAUCAGAGUCUGUUUCCGCCGUGUCCGUCGUCCCAGAGCGGCCCGUUCGGCUCGGCCGUGGACGCCAGUGGACUUUACCAACCCGCCAAAGAGCUCAAUCACAGAGCGGCGUCUGGUUUAGAGCACGCAGGUGAUGCAGAGAGGAGCUACGGUUUAUACGAGACGGAAACGCAAAGCAAAGCCGUACCGUACUGGACGGAUUACUCCUCAUCCGCUUACUGCAGCCAGCUGCUCGUUCAUCCUCCGUCAUCCUCGUCUCCGGCUCCUCUCACCUCCGAGGUGUUUUCUCCUCGGGUGGUGAAGAGACGCACCACGACGUCUCACAGAUUAGACCGAGAUGGCGAGGUGUCUCCGGGGAUGUCCGCUUAUCCAGGAUCAGGACCAAUUCAGCUGUGGCAGUUCCUCCUGGAGCUUCUCUUAGACUCGGCAUGUCACACCUUCAUCAGCUGGACCGGUGACGGUUGGGAAUUCAAAAUGUCAGACCCAGCGGAGGUGGCUAAACGAUGGGGUCAGUGCAAGAACAAACCAAAAAUGAACUACGAGAAGCUGAGCCGCGGCCUGCGCUACUACUACCACAAGAACAUCAUCCACAAAACGGCCGGCAAGCGCUACGUCUACCGAUUCGUCUGUGACGUGCAGAGUAUGCUCGGGAAAAGCGCUCAGGAAGUUCUGGCCAGUAUGAACAUCUCACCGGUGAACGCAGGUUCGCAGACACCGGCGAAGUCCGAGGAGACGGCAGACGUCUGGCAACAUUAGUGUACGAGGAGGCGUUCCAAGAUACGUCCACGUUUUAACACGUCCUCAUCGACUUGUUCUGGAAGUGACCUGUGAGCAAUCGCAGCACAAGUAGAUGAGGUUUUGAUGCUAACUUGCUAGCUCGGGGAGUAGGUAGUGCGCUAAUUAGAUCAGUACUUCAUUGCUCACACUUAUACAUGCCUUCGUCCACCGGUUUUUGGAGCGUAAACUGCAGCUUUGCCUUCUGGAUCAUUCUGAUGUAAAAGAACAGAUCUGAAGACGGGCAAGUGGACAAGGGGGAGACAAAAACAGUAUUGGAACACAGCCUUAUUUAAGGACUCAUUUUUCAGCACAGUUUUCUCUCUUCCGAACGGAGGACUUUAAUCUGUGGGCGGUGGGUCGCUAUGGAGACGUCUGUUUCCACUAUAAAGUGAAGAAAUAAUCAUUUUGAACUUUGUAUUUGCUCUUUUUACUCGGACUCUACAAAGACAUAAACUGGGAUGUUUGUGUGUCCAUUGAACCCGCGUCCUUCAGUAAUCGAUGCAAUUUGCCAUCUUUCAAAACAUAUCUACUCUGUGUAUGUAUAUAUAUAUAUAUUUUAAUGUGGUUAGCUACCUCUUUUAAGCAUCAAAACACCAACAAAUGAUGUACUUUGAAUAAUUUGUGUGAUUAAUUUGUGUCGCCAUCAGAUUGUGAAUUAGUGUAAAUAAAUUGUUAUAUAAAAGCAUUUUUUUUGUUUAUGUUUUCAUUCAUUAAGUCUUGACCUUUGAACUUUUGAAAAUUAAAAAAAAAUAAAAAUUUGUAGGUCCACAAAUUGAAAGAGAGGUGUUUAAUAGUUAAUUAGCUUUUUUUUAAAGGAAAAAAAAAUGCAUUAGCUUAUAAUAUUUGCAUAUCUUUAUUAAACAAUACAUUUUUUUAAAUGUCUUGAAAACUGACACCGUGUCACGCAUGGCACUUCAGCAAAGCACGAGAUUGAGCGAGUUUAGUCGCAUCGCGCUCUGGGACUCUGAGACCAUCGUUUGCACCCACGUCUUCACUACCUCUGUACCAGAUUAAUAUGACGUCGAACACAACUGAAAACUAAAACACUAAAAAGUGAGUAAGAAAGGUAGUUUUGUUUUCAGGUCCUAACAGUGAAACCUGACCUUUAUCAUGUCUAUCUGAGACCGCAGGAAUGAAGGCUGCUCCUAACGAACAACAACUGACUCAGAGCUAAUACUUUACUAUCUUGGAUGUUGGAUGAGUCAACAGGCCACUGUUGUCAUAGCAACUUACCCUGUGUUAGGCUACCACUUCUUAUUUUCACUUAAUUUACAUCAACAAGUGUCAAAAAGUAAACAAAUUGAAACCCAGUUAAUUAGCAUGAAUUAAUUACCAUGGUUUUAGGUCUGUUUCACCUCUUCUGCUUUUUUAUUCUUGCCUUUUCCGCCGCAGAUUCAUUUGAAUGCUUCAUGAUCGCAUUAGGUAUCAGGCCCCACAAGUGAGAAAAGCCCUGUUGGAGGUAAAGGAAAAGUCAACAGAUCCUGCCAUAAAAAAAAAUCUUUAGCAGAGGAAAUCGGAUCCUUUCGUUUUUUCUAUCUGCUCAGUUGUCUGGUAUGACAUACCAUCCUCAAUAGCAUUGAAAAUGUGAGUAAGAUGAUGCAGUAUAGGUAUAUAGUGUCUAUUGUAUUUAUAUAGUGUCUAUAGUAUUUGGUAUUUAUUUUACGUACAUGUUGGCAUGGAAAAAAAAAGGAGUGGCUCUUAAUUUCCUUGUACAUGUGUAUAGUGACAAUAAAGGCAUUCAUUUAUUCAUUCAUUCAGUCUGUUUCUGUGAAGCUGGACAUAGCAGUGGACCUGCUUGGCAAAACAAAACCUUUCCUGGCUGACUCCUGAGAUAACAGCUCAAACUUUAAAAAGAGAGAUGUGUGAAGAAAUGUCCACGGUUAAAUAUGGAGGUGGAUCUUUAAUGUUUUGGGCUGUUUUUCUGACAGAGGACCUGGACAUUUUGUUAGGAUACAUGGCAUCAUGGACUCACAAAUAUCAACAGAUAUUAAAUGAAAACCUGACUCCCUCUGACAGAAAGAUUCAAAUGGGCCGUGGUUGGAUCUUCCAGCAGGACAAUGAACCAAAACAUCAUCAAAAUCAACACAGAAAUGGUUUACUGACCACUAAAUCAAGGUCCUGCCCUGACCAUCCCAGUCCCCUGACCCGAACCCCAUAGAAAACCUGUGGGGUGAACUGAAGAGGAGAGUCCACCAGCGUGGACCUGAAAUGUGAAGGAUCUGGAGAGAUUCUGUAUGGAGGAACGCUCUCAGAUCCCUCGCCAUGUAUUCUCCAACCUCAUCAGGCGUUAUAGGAGAAGACUCAGAGCUGUUAUCUUGCCAAAGGGAGCUAGCACAAAGUACUGACUAAAAGGGUGCCAAUAAUUGUUGCACUCCUAUAUAACAAAGUUUUUUUUAUUUUUAUUUAUUUUAGAUAACCCUGUUUGUUGCUUGCAAUUGUUUGAUAUCCAUGAGCGCAGAGUAUUUUUGUGAUUUCUUUUAAACAAAGGAUCAAAAGGUUCAACAAUAAAGACAAUUUUUCACAGCCAUCUUUGCUCAUAUUUACCAAGGGUGCCAAUAUUAAUGGAGGACGCUGUAUAUAACUCAACAGUUUACUGCUGUAAGGGUUGAACACCUGUAUCUGGUUCCAGGAAGGAGGAACAGAAGUAGCAGUAGAAGGUUUGCUGGCUCUACAGGUUUUUCCUCUGGUGCGUGUUCACAGAUACACCCAGCACCAGUCCACAUCCUUACUAUUGUUAUUCUUUUGCGUUACUUGACGGGUUAAUCGGUGGUGCAAUAUUUUUAAACGUUCACUGAUAAUCUAAGAGUUUACUGACGGGUGAAACGAGGGGAGUUGUUCCAGUACUGUCAGUACUUCAGUCCUCUGUCAGUAUUUAUCCGGAGAGGAACAGCGCGCGCUUCGGGUUCUGCAAUCCAGCUGCAGAUCUAGAACACAAUGUCAGGGAUCCCGUAUGUUCUCGAUCAGAAGGAUGAGGUGGAUGAGACGAUGGGUGUGAAUCGGCUGUGUGGUGCCAUCUUUAUUGAUCAGCAUAAAGACAUUCUUAUACAGAGAGCCUGCACUGUGGUCACCAUACUGGACAAACUCCUGAGUGUGGAAGUCAUCAAUAAUGAGCAGUACCACGACAUCAUAAAUGAGAAAACAGAUAAUAAACAGAUGAGGGCUUUACUUAUGGGGCCGAUCAGAGCCAGUGGUGAUCCAGGAAAACAGAUUCUGUUCAAGACGCUGAAGGAACAGCAGCCGUUGAUGAUGAAGGACCUCGGAGUUGCUUAAAGAAUUUAUGGAUUAAAGAAUUUAAGAACCUGUCGCAUUGCGUUUGUGGUGCUCAAUGCGAUAAGUUUACCUCAUAUUAAUCAAUCUGUACGACAAAUGGUUUGAGUUACUCUGUUCUGAAUGAUUACAUUUACACACAGCCCAAUAAUCUGUUCAAUAGAAAAUUUAAGUUCUUAGAAAUUGGACGCUGUAUUCAGAAGAUAAAGGUCUUGGAGUACACACAUGCAAUGGCCUCAAAUUUUGUAUUUUUUAUAACUAGAUUAAUGAAUCUUGACACAACAACAACAUCAAUCCGACCGAGCAGGACUGAGUUUCCCACAUCGACCCACCAUCCUGAGCCACCGAGCUGAACCCAGCGCUUUUACAGUGUGAUAUUACUGUGUGUUACUGUGUGUUACUGUGUGUUAUUGUGUGUUACUGUGUGUUACUGUGUGUUACUGUGUGUUACUGUGUUACUGUGUGUUACUGUGUGUUACUGUGUGUUACUGUGUUAUUGUGUGUUACUGUGUGUUACUGUGUGUUACUGUGUGUUACUGUGUUAUUGUGUGUUACUGUGUGUUACUGUGUGUUACUGUGUGUUAUUGUGUGUUACUGUGUGUUACUGUGUGUUAUUGUGUGUUACUAUGUGUUAAAUGUCAUGUUGUUUGGACAGAGUUUUUUUUUUUUUUCUGAUCAACUACAUCAUUUCUUUCAUCGGGUGAAUAUUUUUAAUAAACCAGCAUUUCUGUGA